GUAUUUUUUCUAAAUAUGAGAUCAAGGAAUUACCAACAAAAAAGGAGAGUAAUACAGGAGAAAUAUUCCAGACAGUAAUGUUGGAAAGACAUGAAAGCCACGACAUAGAAGAUUUUUGCUUCAGUGAAACCCAGAAAAAUGUACAUGACUCUCAAUGUCGGUGGAGACAUGAUGAAAGACAUUACAAACGAGUGUGUGUGACCUAUAAGGAAAGUCUCAUUGGUAGAAGAGACAUGCAUGGUAGAAAGGAUGAUGUACAAAACAAGCCUAUUAAAAAUCAACUUGGAUUAAACUUACAGUCACACUUACCAGAACUGCAGCUAUUUCAAGCUGAAAGGAAAAUAUACAAAUAUGAUCACACAGAAAAAUCUGUCAAUAGUAGUUCCUUAGUUUCCCCACCCCAAGGUAUUUCUUCUACUGUCAAAACCCACGUUUCUCAUACACAUGAAUAUAAUUUUGUGGAUUCGUUAUUCACACAAAAAGAGAAAGCAAACAUUGGGACGGAACACUACAAAUGUAAUGAGUGUGGCAAGUCCUUUCACCAAGGCUUACAUUUUACUAUACAUCAAAUAAUCCAUACUGAGGAGAAGCAGCUUAAAUGUGAUAUAUGUGGCAAGAGCUUCAAUAAAAAAUCAAACCUUGCAAGUCAUCGAAGAAUUCAUACUGGAGAGAAGCCAUAUAAAUGUAACGAAUGUGGCAAGGUCUUCAAUAAUAUUUCACACCUUGCACAGCAUCGCAGGAUUCAUACUGGAGAGAAACCAUAUAAAUGUAAUGAAUGUGGCAAGGUCUUUAAUCAAAUUUCACAUCUUGCACAACAUCAAAGAAUUCAUACUGGAGAGAAACCUUAUAAAUGUAAUGAAUGUGGAAAGGUAUUCCAUCAAAUUUCUCACCUUGCACAACAUCGGACAAUUCAUACUGGAGAAAAACCUUACAAAUGUAACAAAUGUGGCAAGGUGUUCAGUCGCAAUUCCUACCUUAUACAACAUCUGAUCAUUCAUACUGGAGAGAAACCCUACAAAUGUAACGAAUGUGGAAAGGUCUUCAAUCAUAUUUCACACCUUGCACAACAUCGGAGAAUUCACACUGGAGAGAAACCCUACAAAUGUAAUGAAUGUGGCAAGGUCUUCAGUCACAAGUCAUCCCUAGCAAAUCACUGGAGAAUCCAUACUGGAGAGAAACCUUACAAAUGUAAUGAAUGUGGCAAGGUCUUCAGUCGCAAUUCAUACCUUGCCCAACAUCUGCUAAUUCAUACUGGUGAGAAACCUUAUAAGUGUGAUGAGUGUGACAAAGCAUUCAGUCAAAAUUCACAUCUUGUACAACAUCGCAGAAUUCAUACUGGAGAGAAACCUUACAAAUGUAAUGAAUGUGGCAGAGUCUUCAGUCAAAAUUCAUACCUUGCUUAUCAUCGGAGAAUUCAUACUGGAGAAAAACCUUAUAAAUGUAAUGAAUGUGGGAAGGUCUUCAGUCUAAACUCAUCCCUAGCACAUCAUCGGAAAAUUCACAUUGGAGAGAAACCUUACAAAUGUAAUGAAUGUGGCAAAGCUUUCAGUGUGCGUUCAAGCCUUACUAAUCAUCAUGUGACCCCUACUGGAGAGAAACCUUUCAAAUGUAAUGAAUGUGGCAAACUUUUCCGUGACAGUUCAUAUCUUGUUGGUCAUCAGAGAUUUCAUGCCGGAGAGAAAUCUAACAAAUGUAAUGAAUGUGGCAGAGGGUUCAGUCAGCAUUAAAGCCUUGCAACACAUACAAUAAUUUAUACUGGAGAAAAACUCUGCAAGUAUAAUGAAUGUAGCAGAGCCUUUAUUUGUUCAAGGCUUAAUAACCAUUAGCUAGUCCAUAGGGGAGAGAAACUUUACUAAUGUAUUGAAAGUGGCAAGGCCUUAAGGUAAAAGUCUGAGAUCAGGAUUUUUCAAAGAAUUCUUGCUGGUGAGAAACCUAACAAAUGUAAUGAAAGUGGCAAGGUCUUCUGGCACAACUCUCACAUUGUACAAUAUUGCAAAAUUUCAUACUUGAGAAACAAAAACACUGAGUGGGAAACCAUUAUGACUUCAAACAUUCAUCAAUAUCAGAGAAUCCAUACUAAAGAGCCUUUAGAUAAUUAUAUGUGAUAGAGAUUUUCUGCAGGCCAUAGUCUUACUAGGCAUCAAAAACUUUUUUGAUGAAACCAUACAAAGGGAAUGUGCAUGCUUAGGCUUUUACCCAAGCAUCAAAACUGGAACAUCACAGGGUUUAUACUGGAGAGUAACUACACAAAGAUAAUGAAUGUAAUAAGCCUUUCAGUGUAAUAUUCAUUAUUUUGUCAUGAGAGAACUACUCAAUAAAAACCAAGUAAAUGUAGU